AUGCAAAAUGGCGGCCACGGGAGAGGAGGCUGCUGAGAUGGACUGCAUCUCAAGAGUUUCCUUGGCCCAUCCCACCGUCCUCAGCCUGGGAGGGAGCUCAGAACCCCGGGGAGAGCCUGGCGAGACUGCCUCUGAGGGCCUGGAGGUUGUGACUGCGGCGCCCAAGAAACCCAUCAACAGCAGUGAUGGUGGGGUGGAGACUGCAGAGGAGGCCGUAGAGCCAGCAGAGCCAGACAUCAAUGAACUCUGUACAGACAUGUUCGAUAAGAUGGCUGUCUUCCUACAAGGAGAACUUACUGGCACCUGUGAGGACUACCAUCUGCUGGAGAACAUGAACAAGCUGACAAGUCUGAAGUACAUGGAGAUGAAAGACAUCAGCAUCAACAUCAGCAGGAACCUGCAGGACCUCAACCAUAAAUACGCCAGCCUGCAGCCCUACUUAGACCAGAUAAAUCAAAUAGAGGAACAAGUGUCUUCUCUGGAGCAGGCUGCUUACAAACUGGACACCUACUCCAAGAAGCUGGAGGCCAAGUUCAAAAAACUGGAGAAGCGAUGAAGAGGAGGAUUAUGGAAGGAGGAAGAGGGAUUGUUGUAGGCCUGAGGGUUACUGGUCCUCCUUCACCCAAGCUGUAGACCAAACCUAACAUAUAUGAUCUGAGGAAGCAGACCCACCUCUACAACAUCAGCCUGAUAUAGAGAGGAAUGGGGCAGCCUGGGGUUGGUCGGAGGAAUAUCCCAGAUGUUACACCUAGCAUUAUCAUUUUGGUCGGAUCAUUUAAGUUGCAUCUUAAUACCAGGUGUAGAUGGUGCUUUGAGUAGUUUGUGUCCAUAUUCCUGUUAACAUUCCAGGUCACUGUCAGUCCUGUCAAAAUUGCUAUUCACUUCCUGGAUUUACUGAGUUUAUCUUGAAUUGUCCCCUGUCGGGUGCACACUACUGUAGAUUCACCACCCUCCUAACCUAGAAGUUAGUUACACAGAUGACAACCAAAUUCACUUUGAAGGACUUUAGCUUCUUUAAAUGUUUUCCUGUGCUGCUGGCAUUACUGAAUUAACAUGACAAAAUUACCUUUAUAUUUUGUUGAUUUGUGUGAAUACUACUGUUUCUUAAAAUCAUUGUCAUACAUGUGAUUGUAGCAUGUGUAAAAUGUAUC